AUGAAUGGAGAGCCCCACGGCUACUUUGCACCGGUGGGCACAGAUCAGUGCAUCCAAGGCCUCUUCCCGAACGUCGAGGGGCUAGGCUUGGAAGCAGAGCAUCAGUUCCAGCAAGCCGCAGGAACGCUAUACCCGGCACAGCCUCAGCAGAUUGAAGCAGAGCUCCAGGGCAACCACGGCCCAAGUGCCGAAGUCGACGGCGAGAUCUCGGCAGCAUCACAUGGAUCUGCACAUGUUGGGGCCUCUCCAAACCCGCAGCAGCAAGAGCAAACGAGUCACGGAGGAACCCAAAACCACAGUGAAACAGCUCAGCAGGUUCAAGUGGAUGUGGAACCUCAGUCUAGUCAAACCGUCUUGGCAUCUCAGGAAUCGGGGCAAUUGGACGAAAAGCCUGCUUCCGAAAAUGAUGCAACUGCACAGGCGGGCCAGAUAGAAGGAGAAUCCCAGAACAGCCUGCCCGUUGAAGUCGCAGAUGAGGCUCUGCAGGCAUCGCAUGUUGACGGAACAGUCGAUGCGACCGCUCAUCCUGUAGAUUCAGAGCCGAUAAAUGGAGAGCCCCACGGCUACUUUGCACCGGUGGGCACAGAUCAGUGCAUCCAAGGCCUCUUCCCGAACGUCGAGGGGCUAGGCUUGGAAGCAGAGCAUCAGUUCCAGCAAGCCGCAGGAACGCUAUACCCGGCACAGCCUCAGCAGAUUGAAGCAGAGCUCCAGGGCAACCACGGCCCAAGCGCCGAAUUCGAGCCCGAGGAGAUGUUGGAAGGAAUACAUGAAUCCGUCAAUGUGGGAGAAAUCCUUGUUGAAUCCGAUGCCAACGCAUCACAACUUGUGCAGGUGCAUGGUUUUCCCCAAAGCCACACGAGACUUGAUGCAUCUGGCGUGAACGAGCUGCCGGAAACGCAAGCGCAAGCCUGCAGCCGCUUGCAUCAGCCAGGUCAACCGCCUCUCGAGCAGGUCUCGGAAACAUCACAUGGCAUGCAGGAAGGAACAUCUCCAACUGAUGCAAAUCCUGAGUUGCAGCAGGUGCAGCAAUACUGGACCCCUGCGGCCUUGAGUCCAUCUGCUGAGCAGGAAACAUCAGAAGCGUGGCAUGGGCCUAUGUGCAUGGACGGAAUGCUGCAGUCUCAUGCUGAUGCGGACCAGGGGCAGGAGAAGCCCCAGGUUCAUGCAAGCCUGCCGGAGUUUGCUGCGCAAGAAUCAGAAGUCAUUGCUGGCAGUUUGCUCCUGAAUGGAUCUGUUCUGACAGACCCAGAGCAGCAGACGCAGAUGCAAGCACUUCAGGUGGCUGGCUUCUUCUCUAAGCAAGAAAUAGUCCCCGAUGAUGCGGCCGUGGCACCAUGGGCAACGAUCCAACAGCCAGCCUGGCUGCCAACACAAGCUGCAAACAGCCUCUCCUUCGCUGGCUGCUCCCAAUCGGGCUCUGUCGCUGCAGGUUGGCUGUCAGCAGACGGACGUCCAAGUGUACAGCUCACUCCCCGGCUGUCUGGUUUUAUGCCAGAGCUGCCCGCAACAGCACAGCCUGCGAACAUUUCGUCGGAGGAGUCAGUGCUGACCCCCCGCCUGACUUGCUGGAUACCGGUUCCAGGUCUCUGA